UCCGUCUGGAGGGUCAGCAGGAGCAAAAAAGCAACGUUGCACCUUAGAGACAAAACCGGGCGCUGACAUUUAGUCAGUUUUGGAGGAGCAGGAAGGGCGAAAGACCUGUUGGAUUUACGACAGAGAUCCAGCUUUUAUUUCCAUUGAGUCAAAUAGGCUUUUUUUUUUGUCAGUGUGACUCUUGCUUGGGAUUUGCACUGGAUUUGGUCUUUUUUUUUUUUUUUUUUUUUUUUUUAGAGUUGUGUGUAUGAAGUUAUAGGGUUUAACUUACGUCACCGCGUCAACAUUUGCAUCGUUUCUAUCUGCUUGUUGGAUUCCAGUCAGUUGUAUGAUGUGGCUCGUGUGUGUUUCUGUUGGUUUCAUGGCUGGUCUGUGCGCCGGCUUGACCCAGAACGCUUGGGAAGAGAGCACCGUAGUGCCUGUCAGACUAGACCCGACGGCGGGUGACACCGAACCGGGGCGAACCCUCUCCCCUGAAGAAAAGCAGAAAGUGUCGGAGAUGAGGCUGUACAGGCUGGACGUGUUUGGUAAAGAGUUCAUCUUGCAGUUGGAGCCCGAUCAGACCUUCUUGUCCCCGGGGUUCGUCUUCCACAUUGUGGGCAGUCCCGAUUCCGAACUGAACCAGGGUCCCAAGAGCGCGGACGAGUCCGCCUGUUUCUUCUCCGGCACAGUGAAUGGAGAAGAGCACUCCGCUGCUGCGCUCAACCUGUGCCAGGGGCUCACUGGUGGAUUUUACUUUCACGGCCGAGAGUACUUCAUCAAACCCCUCAACGCAAGUGACCGGGAGAAGGACGAGGAGGAGGAGGAGGAGGUCCACCUCAUCCGCCGGAGGGCUCGAACAGCGGCCGGUGAGGGUGGCUCCAUGUGUGGGGUCAAUGAGGACGAGCAGAGGGUGCCGGCAAAUCCGGACAAUGAGCCCGAACGCGAAGCCGCCAACUCGGACCGCAAAGCCCAUCACAGGACCAGGCGUUUUGUCUCCACUCCCCGCUAUCUGGAGAUUAUGCUGGUGGCUGACCAGUCCAUGGCUGAGUUCCACGGUGCCGGGCUCAAGGCUUACCUCCUCACCAUCAUGGCCGUGGCAUCCCGCCUGUACCGCCACCCCAGCAUCCACAACUCUAUCAGCCUGGCCGUGGUAAAGCUGCUGGUGGUCUACGAGGAAGAGAGAGGCCCUCAAGUGUCGUCCAACGCUGCCAUGACCCUCCGCAACUUCUGCCAGUGGCAGCGGCAGCACAACCCCACUAGUGACCGCCACCCUGAGCACUAUGACACAGCCAUGCUCUUCACCAGGACGGACCUGUGUGGUGCCCAUUCAUGUGACACUCUUGGAAUGGCUGAUGUAGGCACCGUGUGUGACCCAGACAAAAGUUGCUCAAUCAUUGAAGAUGAUGGACUGCAAGCUGCAUUCACUGUGGCACAUGAACUAGGUCAUGUCUUCAACAUGCCUCAUGAUGAUGCCCAACUGUGCUCUGGGGUGAACGGCCCCCACUGGGGCUCGCACAUGAUGGCCUCCACCCUGUCCAAUCUUGACCAGCAGCAGCCGUGGUCCCCCUGUUCCGCCCUCAUGGUCACCACUUUUCUUGACAAUGGCCAUGGUCAGUGUCUGCUUGAUAAGCCGGUCAAGCCUCAACCGCUCCCACAGCCCCUCCCCGGGACAGUCUACGAUGCAGACCAUCAGUGUCGGCUGACUUUCGGCGACGACUCCCAACAUUGCCCUGACCUGAGCACCACAUGCGCGGCUCUGUGGUGCACUGUGACAACAUCCAAUGGUUUGCUGGUGUGCCAGACCAAGAACUCCCCAUGGGCUGAUGGAACCCCCUGUGGGCACAAUAGCUACUGUCUGGCCGGCCAGUGUCUCACAAAGAGCCAAGCUUCCAAACAUCAGAUUCCUGUCAAUGGAGGUUGGGGACUGUGGGGUCCCUGGGGUGACUGCUCACGGACAUGUGGGGGAGGGGUGCAAUACUCCUUCCGUUCAUGUGAUAACCCUUUGCCGAAGAAUGGAGGCAAAUACUGUGAGGGCAAAAGGAUCCAGUAUCGCUCCUGUAAUACAGAGGCCUGCCCUGACAGCACCGGCUUGUCAUUCCGGGAGGAACAGUGUCUGGCUCACAAUGACAUGUCAGCCCAAGUGUCUCUUGGAUCAGGCGAGGGUGUUGAAUGGGUGCCCAAAUAUGCUGGGGUUUCACCCAAAGACCGGUGCAAGCUUGUGUGCAGGGCCAAGGGAACAGGAUACUUCUUUGUCCUCAAAUCUAAGGUGGCAGAUGGAACACCCUGCAGCCCUGAUUCCACCUCAGUGUGUGUUCAAGGCCAGUGUGUCAAGGCAGGAUGUGAUCGAGUUAUUGGCUCCAACCAGCGCUACGAUAAAUGUGGUGUGUGUGGAGGGGAUGGCUCCACCUGCCAGAAAGUAUCGGGAUCAUUGGAGCGUGCCAGGCCUGGCUACAGAGACGUGGUGACAAUCCCUGCAGGUUCCACCCAUCUUGAUGUCAAACAGCGCGCCCCUGGCAAUGGUCAACAUGACAACAGUUACCUGGCAGUGCGCCGACAGGAUGGUACUUACCUGUUGAAUGGUGACUAUAAGCUAAUGACCAUGGAGACUGACAUCACUCUGCGAGGGGCACUGCUGCGGUACAGCGGUUCUUCUGCCAGUCUAGAGCGGCUCCGCAGCUUUUCCCCCCUCCCUGAGCCUCUCACCAUUCAGGUACUGUCUGUGGGGGAAGCCCCAAGGCCCAGAGUGAAGUACAGCUACUUUGCUCCCCGACCCAACAAUGCUGCUUCUGUCAACACCAACGGAGGGCGUCGGCAUUCAAUCAAUGCUAUCCGAGAGUUGGGCGUUGCUGAGUGGACUCUGAUGGAGUGGGGUCCCUGCUCUCAGACCUGUGGAGGUGGGAUGCAACAGAGAGAAGUGGUGUGUCUGGAUCCCCAGGGCCGUCCAUCCAAAGAUUGCCCAGAGGAGCUGCGACCUUUGGCCUCACGAUCCUGUGCCUCUCAGCCUUGCCCCUCGUGGCUUCUUGGCGAAUGGUCCGUAUGCUCAAAGACCUGUGGUAGAGGUUUCCGAAAACGCCAGCUUCACUGCAUUGGCUAUGAUGGCCACACACUGACCCAUGAUAGCUGUGAUUCCAAAGACAGACCACGACCCCUGCUGGAGCUGUGCUAUCAGGGUGCCUGCUAAGGAUUGCUUUGACAAUCUGACCUCUAUUUCACAAAUUCAUUAAUUCCCCAUUUCAGUGACUGCAUCUGUACAUUCCACAAACACCCACACCCACACACAGUGGUCAGAGAGCACACUGACUUGUCACACACUUGGAGGAACAAAAUCUGCCACCUAUCUCUGGAGUCCAGCAGUGGCACAUCAACGAGCAUAUAGACGUUAAUGAAUUUGAGCAUGCUGUUUACAAUUCCGAUGGUAUGCUUGUGUGUGAGAGUAUGCAUAGAUUUGAAACAUAUAUAUCGUUUGUCCAAGCUGGGCUGGACAGAUUUUAGAGAUUACUGUGGCAAUAGCUCAUUUUCUACUUAGUAACCCCAUCAGGUAUGGAAAUUUAGAUUUAUUCUGAACUAUCACUCAACAUUUAUUUAUCACAAACCUGUAGCACUUCACUUGUGUUUUUAUUUUUUACCAUCGGCACAUUGUUACACUCAUUUUCUCUCGAUGAAUGCCUCAUAUUUUGUCAUUUAGCCAUAUCUUGAAAACCAAAGAAUUUGUAUGCGCAUGCAUGGAUGUGUGUGUGUGUGUGUGCGUGUGUGUGUGUGUUUGUGUGAGGAGACCUAAAGAGGGACUUGUCUCCUGCUACUACUUCAUAAGUAAGUCUCUCCUGCCUUCUGUGAAGGCAUUUUGUUUGUGCAGUUUUUCCUCUUUUUUUUUUUUUUUACAAAAUAUCCAAACAUUAUUUAUUUUUGUACAGCCUGUUAAAUAUAAUCCUGUGGCCGUUUUAAUAUUAUUUUUAUUUGUUAUUGAGAUCACAGAAGGAAGUAGAAUAUACAGAGUAUUUAUGCAAUGUUAUAUGUAUAUAUGUGGGUCUUGGUUCA